AUGGACCUGCCCCCGGGCGCCGCCCGCCGCACCACCUACUCCCUCCUCCCCCAGUUCCCUGACGACGCCGCCGCGCCCGCGCCCGCCCCCGCCAACGUCCUGCAGCGCCAGUCCAGCGGCAGCAGCUACGGCGCUGGCAGCUCUAUCUCCACCUCUAGCGACUACCCAUUCCACCUGCAGCCCCCCGCCUCGCCCGCGGGGGUCGCGCCGCCCGGAUCGGCAGCGGCGCCGCCCGGGGCGGCUGGCUCGCCCUGCAAGAGCUGGGCGCAGCAGGCCGAGGAGACCUACCAGCUGCAGCUCGCGCUCGCGCUCCGCCUCUGCGCCGACGCUGCAUGCGCCGCCGACCCGGGCUUCCUCGACCCAGGCGAUUCAGGAAGCGGGAGGGGCAGCGGUAACGGGAGGGCCUUCCCGCUCGCGCAGCCCGCGCCCUCUGCGGAGUCGCUCUCGCAUCGCUUCUGGGUAAAUGGUUCGCUAUCAUACAACAGCACAAUACCAGAUGGAUUUUACUUGAUUCAUGGGAUGGACCCCUUCGUAUGGUCACUAUGCACUGAUGUACAGGAAGAGAACCGCAUACCCUCCAUGGAAUCGCUCAAGUCUGUCCGUCCUGAUGAUUCUUCCAUUCAAGCCAUUCUUAUCGAUCGAAGAACUGAUUUUGAAUUAGGUAUGUUGGAGAGUUAUGCUUCCAGCAUCCUUUCCAGUUCUGCUGAUGCCAAAGAUGUGGUAAUCCAACUGGCCAAACUCAUAUCUUCAAGAAUGGGGGGUACAACUUCCAAUGAAGAAAACUUGCUUCAACGAUGGAAAGAGUGCAUUGAGGCCAUCAAGUCAAGUACAGGAUCUGUUGUGCUUCAUCUUGGAAAGCUCCCUAUUGGUCUCUGCAAGCACCGCUCCUUGCUAUUUAAAGUAUUAGCAGAUAAAGUCAGUAUUCCUUGUAGAGUUGUCAAGGGAUGUAAAUAUUGUAAAUCUGAUGAUGCCUCCUCCUGCCUUGUACGCUUUGGGCUUGAAAGGGAAUUCUUGGUUGAUUUAAUUGGGGAUCGAGGCCCACUUACUGAUCCUGAUUCCUUUGUCAAUGGUCCCUACUCACUAUCAGUAUCCUCACCUCUCCAUCCCCCAAAAUUUAGGUCAUUGGAGAUAACUUCAAAUUUUGGCUCGGUAGCCAAGCAAUACUUCUCAGAUUGCCAUUCCUUGAAUCUCUUGUUCAAUGAUUCUUCCACAGGUGUUGCUAAUGGCACUGUAGUUUCUCUGGACCAUCCUUAUUCUAAGAAGCAUGUUGCUGGGGAUGAUGUUAUGAACAGCUGGGUGCCAGGAAAAGGGCAAGCAGUAAUGAAGCCAGAUAUUAUGGUGCCAGAAGCUCCUCGGGAGGUUUUGCCACUUAUUACUUCCUCCAAUAUGAAGCUUGACAAAAAGAAAGAAUUGGUGACUCCGCAGUUGUGGAAUACAGUCAGUGAUCUGUCACUUGCUGCGGAUGAUUUGAUCAUUCCAUGGAAUGAGUUGGUUUUAAAGGAGAAGAUUGGUGCAGGUUCUUUCGGAACAGUUCAUCGUGCUGAUUGGCAUGGAUCUGAUGUUGCAGUCAAAAUACUUAUGGAGCAGGAUUUUCACCCAGAGCGUUUCAGGGAAUUUAUGAGAGAGGUUGCAAUCAUGAAAAGUCUGAGACAUCCAAAUAUUGUCCUAUUCAUGGGUGCUGUUACUGAACCACCAAACCUAUCUAUAGUUACAGAAUACUUAUCUAGGGGCAGUUUGUAUAAACUUUUGCACAGGAGUGGUGCAAAGGAAGUUCUAGAUGAAAGACGCCGAUUAAACAUGGCAUUUGACGUGGCCAAAGGAAUGAAUUACCUGCAUCGACGCAGCCCUCCUAUUGUUCAUCGUGAUCUGAAGUCUCCAAAUCUUCUAGUUGACAAGAAGUAUACUGUCAAAGUAUGUGACUUUGGCCUUUCAAGACUGAAAGCUAAUACUUUCCUGUCUUCCAAGUCUUUGGCUGGAACUCCUGAAUGGAUGGCACCUGAAGUGCUUCGAGAUGAACCAUCCAAUGAGAAAUCUGAUGUCUACAGUUUUGGUGUAAUCCUAUGGGAACUAAUGACACUGCAACAACCAUGGUGUAACCUGAAUCCUGCCCAGGUGGUUGCUGCUGUAGGUUUCAAAGGAAGAAGGCUUGAAAUCCCAAAAGAUCUGAAUCCUCUAGUAGCCGCAUUAAUUGAAUGUUGCUGGGCCACGUAUGUAUUGUUGUUCCACCUAUAUACCCCUUUCAGCUUUGUUUCUCUGAAUUUAAUCACAAGGACCUGGGCCUAA